AUGUCGUUCGAGGAUAUUCUCAAUAAAGUGAAGCAGUACCCGGUGCUGUGGGACCCUGCUCAUAAGUAUUACCGCCGGAAAUCCGUUCAAGCGGAGUCGUGGGCUAUAAUCGCCGCCGAUCUUGACUCCGAGGAGAAACUUGUGAGGAGUAGAUGGAAAUACCUAAAAGAUCAGUGUCGAAAAGAACUUAAGAAAAUUGCAUCGGGUGAAAUAGACAAGUCGAGGUGGCUGUACUUCAACCGACUACAGUUUAUUAAGAAGGAGCUACUAAACGAAGGAGAACCUAAACCAUAUAAAAAUGUAAAAUACGAUGCCGAGUCCGAAGAACCCCCACAAAAAAAAAACAAAAUCGCAAGUCCCGAACCAUGCACUUCAUAUUCAGGUCAGGAGUCAUGGAAACUGCAGCAAAUCACAACUAAAUUAAACGAGUUAUCCAAGAAGAUAGACAACCAGAACCCAUUUGACGACGAGUUGAGAAAUAAUCCCGAUUUCAUGUUUCUCAUGAGUAUUUUGCCAACUAUACGCGAUUUGACAGAUGUUCAGAAGUUUACGUUUAGAGGGAAAGUGAAUGAGUGGUUAUUGGAGGCGUUAGCGCAGAAUCAAUUCCUUUUGAGUGAACAAUAUCAGUGUAAAAUUGAAGACCCGGAUUCGUAG